AUGAUCUCUCCAAAUUCAGUACUCGACAAACCCCACCAACUCCAAACCAUACUCUCGGAGAGAGAAAGAGAAUUCUCUCCGGAAAUCGAAAAACCCAGUAGAAUUUCAAAUAAUCUUAAUAAAAAGAAGAAAAGGCUGAGCAAAAGCUUGUCGGAGCUGGAGUUUGAAGAGCUGAAGGGUUUCAUGGAUCUAGGGUUUGUUUUCUCCGAGGAAGACAAGCUUGAUUCGAGUUUGGCUGACAUCAUUCCUGGGCUGCACAAAUUAGGGCAGAAGAAGAAGAUGGAUUGUAAUUUGUCGGAUGAUUAUUAUCAUGAAGAACAUGAAAGAGAAAGGCCUUAUUUGUCUGAAGUUUGGGAGAGAGAAUUAUUAAAGAAAUGGAGAGUUCCUGUAGAUAUUGUGGGUAAUGAGAUUGACAUGAAAGAUAGUCUCAAAUGGUGGGCUCACUCUGUCAUUGCAUCUGCUGUUAGAUGAAUGAAUAUAUUCCUAAUUAUGCCGCUGGAUUUUACAUUUUUUUUUUCUUUUUUACUUCUUAAUUAAUCUUGUGUUUUUUUUAUUUUUUUGUAAAUAGACUUUGUA